GUGACGCCUGCCUAUAUUGUACACGUCAGCAGUCAAGGAGUUGUAGAGUGCAGAAGAUGAAACAGCCCCGUCAGUUUCCUCUCUUCCUGUUACGAGCAGUGCACACUGUCAAGUUACACCGCAGCCAGGCACAACGUGUGUGGCAGCUGGCACGGUGUUUAAAAGAACGGGAAGAGAGGUUACGGGCAGUUCUUUAAAUCAACACACGCGACGCAUAAAGAGGACUUUCCGGACAAUGUGAGCUGCCAUCGACCAAAGGUUGCUUUUCUAAUCUAUCAAAAAUGAGGUUUCGGCUGGUUAAAAAGAAUCUGCUGGUACUUUUGGGUGUUUCCUUUGUUGUUUGGACUCUUUUGGUUUCUACCCGUGUGCUGUCAGUUUCAGAGAAUGGCACAGGUGAUGUGGGAAAUCAAGCUAAUCAGGACACACACUCAAGUGAAACAGUAAAGUUCGACUUUUCUGGGUCGCUGUCAGAACUGACACAAUCUGUCUACAACGCCAAUUACAAGCAGCAUGUUUUAAAUGCUGAGCAGUUUCCAGGGGAGCCCCAGCUGGUACUGGUCGUGCAGGUCCACAACAGACCAGAAUACCUCCAACUUCUCAUUAAGUCUCUGGAGAAAGCUGCAGAGGUCCAAAGCUUCCUCCUCAUCUUCAGCCAUGACUAUUUUUCAGCGGAAGUCAACGCCAUUGUGCAAGGGAUCACUUUCUGCAAGGUACUGCAAAUUUAUUUCCCGUUCAGCACUCAGCUGUAUCCCACUGAGUUCCCCGGGGAGGAUCCUAGGGACUGUCCACGGGACAUACCCAAAGACAGAGCCCUCAAAACAGGAUGUCUCAAUGCAGAGCACCCGGACUCUUACGGACACUACAGAGAAGCCUCCAUCACUCAAACCAAGCAUCACUGGUGGUGGAAGUUACACUUUGUGUGGGAGCGAGUGCAGGCAAUGCAGGGCUACAAUGGAUUUGUAAUAUUUCUGGAGGAGGACAACUACAUUCUACCAGACUUUUACCAUUUCUAUAAAUCAAUGGUUGAGUUCAAGAGGAACAGCUGCCAGGAUUGUGAUUUGCUGGCUUUGGGAAACCAUAAUGACUUUACUGGCUUUCACACACUGUCUAACAAGGUAUUGACCACUGGGUGGAUGUCCACAAAACACAACAUCGGCAUGGCCAUCUCCAGAGAGGUGUACUACAAGAUGAUGGGCUGCAGCGACGACUUCUGCACGUAUGAUGAUUACAACUGGGACUGGACUCUGCAGCAUCUUUCUGGUGCCUGCAUUUCAAAGCCUAUAGAAGUGCUUGUGGCUCAGGGCUCUAGGGUUCUUCACACUGGGGACUGUGGGCUGCACCAGAAGCAGAACUGCAGGCCAGAAUGGGCCUCACAGAGGGUCGAGGAGGCACUUAAGAUAGCAAAAGAUGGCCUUUUCCCUCCUUCUCUUGUCCUUACUGCUUCUGAAGCAGCCCAACACAAGGACCAUAUGAAGAAUGGAGGUUGGGGAGAUGUCCGAGACCAUGUUUUAUGCAAUAACUAUGCCAAACGUCUCUGAACUGUGCCUUUAUAUAAUGAUGUUUAACAAUGUCCAAGCUGCACAUUUACGUACACAUUCACCAGUCUUUAGUGUGUGUUAUAAUGUUUGGGAGGUCUUUCCCCAAAAAUCAUGUGCAAAUUAAUUCCAAGCAUGUUGUACAUACACUGCUUGAACUCUUUUGUACAUUGUUUAUUUGAUCUACAUCACCAAAGAUGUACUUUUGCCAAAGACAAAAUUAAUCAUUUGUGUGUACAAUGCAUUUAAUCUGAGAUUGGAGUGAACGCCGCCUCUCGCCCCAAAUCAACUGGGAUUGGCUCCAGUAACCCGUGGCCCAAAUAAGGACAAGCGGUAAAGAAGCGGUGCAUUAUAUCUUUCAAGCCAUAGAAUUCCCUUGACCAUUAUUUGUUUCCAAUGUUUUUUUUGUUUUUUUUUUCAUUUUUGACAUGUUUUACACAAGUGGGUCAAGUCUAGCGCUGCUUCAAUGAAACAUUAAGUUUUAAGUAAGUCUUUUUUUUGUUUUAAAUACAUGUAGUUUCCAUGGUACGAUUUCAAGUGCAGAUAAACUGGCACGUUCACGGAAAUUUUAAACAAAUACACAUAAUUUAACUUAAGUUACUGAAUACCCACAUACAGUAAGUAGCUCUUGUGUCAGUAGACUGUAAUCAGGGUUGUUCAUUGGACCUGAUGCCUUCCAUGUUUGCUCCCUUCUAUGAUCGUCACUGGUAUCAAACAUGACAGUUUGAUUUAUUGAUUUUUGUUCCUGGGUGUUUGCUUUUGAAACAGGUGAAAUGUGCCCUUUUGGAAUCUUGUCCUGAGGGAUCCCAAAAUGUAGAUUUGUGAUACAAACAAAAGGGACAAUGCAUUAAUGUGAAUUGUGUUUUGGCAGUUUAAAACAGAGAAUUGGUGUCAACAAAGCACUUUGUAUUAGAAGAGGAGGGGGGAACGGAUGUUAAUGUUCAUUUCACAAAUGUUUAGUUAUUUGAAAUUAACAGUGACAUCUUGUUUUUUAUGCAGUCAGUAAACCAAGAUGAUUCACUGAUAAUAGUGCAACUAGAUAGUAAACUCAAAUUAGUCAUUCCUGGUGAAGAAUAUCCCAAACAUGCGGUAUACUGCAAAUCGCGGCCUCUGAGGGCCAAUAGAUUUCAUGAUUCUCAAGUUGGUUGCACGUGAUAAUGAUAAUGUGAUUUUUGUUUUCUCUUGGCUAAAUUGUGAUCAUUACUUGUAAUAGCUGUUGACUUUUUUUUCAGAAUGGAGAAAACAAAAAAAAUGUCCUUAUUGAUCUGUGACACAGUACUUCCUGCUUUGAGGAUUUAGUGAUUACUGGUGGUUAAAAUAUAGUAUCUAGUCGAUGGGAUUUUCAGUUGACUUUUUACUUAAAAAUUAUAUUUCUGUGUGAAAAAGGGACAUUUACGGAACAUUUACUUUUUAUUGCUUGUUACUGUAUACAAAUACAACCUCAAUUCCAAUGAAGUUGGGAUGUUGUGUUAAACUUAAAUAAAAACAGAAUACAAUGA